CUAUGUUCCACUCAACUCUUCCUGUGUGGACUCUAUAUACAAGGGCAGUUGAAUAAAGUCAUCAUGACGGAUGCAAGCAACACUUCAGCUGUCCUUGUCCUUCUCUUUAUAUGGAUAAUACUUGUUCUGGCUCUGCUGUACUUUUAUAAAAAACUUAAUGCAGAAACAAAUGGACAGUACACCGUCCAGCGCAUAGUCUUCGGCCCUGGCGGCCUCCGGGAUCGAUUGAGACAAGGAGUCGGGGUUGUGGAAAACAGACUUGGUGUCCACAUUUGGCCUCAACGGCGUGAUGACGAGGAGAACAAAAGAGGAGAUGAUGAUGAAGAGGACAACGAGGGUCAUGACAAACAGAAUGACAGUUACACGGAGGAGGGAGAGCAAGAUGAACAUGAUGAUUCUUCAGAUGACUAUUCCAGCGUUGACCUGAGGGAGAGGGCAAAGAUGCAGACAGAAAAGAAAGAACAGAAGGAUAAAGCUGAAGAAGAGAAAGAGAAACAAAAGGAAGAGAAGGAGGAGGCAGCAGCGGGAGGAGAGGAUAAAAGUCAGGAAGUGAAGAAAGAAGAGAAAGUCGAAUUGCUUGUAGAUCUGACGCCGUUUUCUGGUAGUGCAAUUUGGUCCAAGGAAAACGUAGAUGGAAAUGAUGGAAAUGAUGGAAAUGACUUGACUGCUUUAUGAAAAGCUCAAAGACAUUGCCUUUGAAUUUAAUAGGCGGGAAACAAGGUUGCUUGGCCCAGUGGGUGGCACAAAACAUGAGUCAGUUUAACCUUUUAAAGCUUUUUUUUUUUUUAACUAACAGUUUAUUGACAUACUGUUAAAACAAAUGUUUAAAAAGGUUUUCAUAUGUGUUUUGGCUGAUAUUUAUAUAGAAAAAAAAA